ACAGUUCCUCAGGAGAAGCCUCUCUUCAGGCGCUGCCCACCUUGGCACAGCGCUGCGCCACGUCUGGGACCGCGUUCGAUCCCAGGAGUCCAAGGAAGCCAUCCUCGGCUGUGUGCUGUGCAUUCUCAACAUGCACAAGAAGGUGGAGAACUGAGCUCUGCCUUCCACUUUCUUUUCACCCUCUCACUUGCUUGCUGAACAGAGACUGGACAAAGAGGGAAGAGAGGCAGAGAGGACAAAGGGAUGUGAAAGACUUUUUAUCAUUGCUGCUUUGGACUUCAGCAUUAUUUUUGUUUUUUGUUUUGUUUUGUUUUUGGUCUUAUUGCAACACUGGCCAUGUCGGAGAGCAUUGUGAGGAAGGUCCAGCCCUUCACCAUUGGGACGAGGCUGUCAGUCCCUGCUGUGCCAAAAUGCCAGGAUUUUACACAGAGUUAUCUACAGAGCCAGAGUCUGGAUAACUGCACGUUACAGCACAACCUGAACGAGAGUGUUUCUCUCUACCUCAGCCGGUCCCAGGUCUGUGCGAACGGUCCAUGCCUGGUCUCACCUCUCGUCAAGCAGGUAGCCCCCGUUCAGAGCCAGCAUGAGGACAUGGCAGCCGAGGACCACCUGAACCAGAACACCGUCUCUGCCUCUGCCGUGUCCAGAUCCAUCAAGAAGAUCACCAUCUCUGGGAACAGGGAAAACUUGGAGAACAAGGUAGCAGCACCGGGACCCGUGCUGCUCCCAGGCAAAGGGUCCUCAUCUGAGAACAACAAUAACAACAACAACAUCAGCACCAACAACACUUCCAACCCUCAGCUGCCCAGGAUCGUGGGUGUGAGCUGUGAGAAUAAGCCCAGUUCACAUUUCAAGGUUUUACUCAGAAAAGACAGCAGUGAUGAUUAUCAGCCCAUUCAAGCACAAACAAGACUGGAGGUGAAUGGAGAGAAAUCCAUUCAACAGAUUUCAGCGCCCAGGCCUCGAUCACCCAAGAAAGAGCUGCAGAGGAGAGAGAGUCAGCCACACACACAGAAUGAAGGCCCAGCUGCUCUUACGUCCCAGAGUGACUGCUUUACCCAGCGCAACUGUCUCUUCAACAAGGAAAUAUUGCAGGCAGAAGCAUGGAUCAAAGGAAAGCUCCAAGACCUAAAGGAUGGCUGUAAUAUUCAGCGCUGCCCCCUGCAGGACUGGGAGGAAGCCUCGCAGACUCUUCAGAGAGACCUGAAAGACUUUGAGAACACUUUAAUUCAACUCAACCAGAUGGGCGAACAGCUGAUCUGCAAGUUGAACCCCACCUCUGACCUUGUGAAGAAGCAGCUCAGUCAGCUCAGGGACCAAUGGCAGACCCUGAAACAGACGGCAGCCAAUCAGACGAGAGCGCUGGGCGGAGCCAAGAACCUGCAGGAGUUCAACAAAAAAGUGGACAAGCUAGAGGCAUGGAUUAAAGAGAAGCAGGAAGAGGAGCCGUCCCUGGUAAAAGUCCUGGGGGAAAACGUUGACAAAAUGCAGCUGACCAGGAGAAUCUUAGAUCUGAAACAGGAUGAGCAGCUAUACAGAAACCUCCACGAGGAGAUCAACCACUUGGCCCUGAAACUUGAGAAACAAGGGAAGACAGAUGGCAAAAACAUCUCCAGCAGAAGGAAACACAUCAAUAAAAUGUACACUUUGUCCCUUAAACGGAAUUGGUGGCUGAAGGUCCAGUCUCAUCUGAAAAACUACCAUGAAAAUCUUCAACUAGCCCUGGAGGUGUCCUCAUUCUACCAGCAGGCGGAUAACAUACUCUUCGCUAUUAACAGCAUGAGGAAAAGCAUGUCUGCAUCCAAAGACCUGGAGAGCUGUGGAGACAGGGAAAUCCGUGACAUUGCGAGUCAAAUCAUGAUGCUGGACGUGACAGUCUCCCAGCUGUCUAAUCUCCAUCCUGCGCUGGCAGCUGGCGUCACGCAAAAGCAGAGUGAGGUGAAGGACUGCUGGACGCUCCUGCAGAAGGUUUUCAGGACUGACAGGACCGCACUGCCUCCCUCUGGCUCCACUUUCACCAGGGAAGAUGUCGACCCCGUGACAUCACCCCGGGAACCCCAGAGCAACGUGGGAACGGAGCCACAAAGGAUCAUGGGAAAGGAGGUGAAAGAGGAGCAGAAUCGUCUGAAAGGCUGCGUGAACGUCCGUGACUAUGGGAGUGGUAGGAGAACACCGAGCAGCCAAAGCCAGGAGCAGCAAUCCGUGAGCCACACCUCCUCACCCAAGGGAGACGGCCCCGCCCGUGUACAUGAUGUCAUGGUCAGACAUCAGUCUGAGGGGGAAAGCAGGAAACAGAGAGCUGAGCCCAAGCUUGCCACCGCCUCGCGAGGCCACCCACAGCUUCACGUCCAGCUUCAGAAGUUCACCGUGUCUGCUGACAAGACUCUGUCCUGGCUCAAAGACAAUGUGUCCAUGGCCACGCAGGUGUGUUCAAUGGCCAGCUUUGAGGGGCUGGAGGCAGCCAGGAGAUGUCAUGACGCUCUGGAACAAGAAAUCCUCACUAACAGAGCCAGGAUAGAGGUGGUCAAAAGGGAGGGCCGAGGGCUGGUCCGCGCGCAGCACCCUGGCAGUGCCAAGAUAGAGGAGUUCCUCGGCCAGCUGGAGGUCCUGUGGGACGAGUUGCGGCGGAGGCACCAGAGGAACGCCGUGUUUCUGCAGGCCUCAGAGGAGCUGGGCUUUAGGGUUGUAAAAGUGCUACAGGCCCUGGGCAGCCUGGAGGCCUGGCUGGAGUCUGUGGAGCUUUCGAUGAGAGAGUCCUCCCUAGCCGGGGACCCUGAGACAAUGAGCAUGGCUGAAAGGGAAAGCUGCCUGCUGGAAAAAGAGGUGGCGGCGCGCAGCUUGGAGCUCAACGCCCUCAGGCAGGAGGUGGACAGGCUUCGCGGUCAGAGUCACCCACAUACAAAAGGCUUGCCAGCCCGCAUGGAGGAGGUAGAAAGAAAGUACCAGCGUGUCCAGAGUGCCCUGACCCAGCAGAGCUCAGAGCUGCAGGACACGCGGAUGCUGACGGAGUUCCUGGAGCGCGUGGAGCUGGAGGAGAGCCAGGAGCUCAGUGGAAGCCAGUACAGCCUGGGACAGCCUCUCCACAGUGACAUCACCUCAGCCCCUGCCUUGCUGGGUCUUCAGAGCAGUGGUGGCGCCGAGCCCCUGAUGGAGAGUAUGGGAGACCCUGUGGAAGAAUUGCGUGAAGCUGUGGAGAUGCUGAAUGACACCGUGAGGGAAAGAGGCCGGUCACAAAGCCACGACCAGGCAAUCCAGGAGCUGCUGAGCAAGCAUGCCAGCCUGGUGGUGCAAGUGGAGGAGUGCCUGUGCUGGAGCAAGGAGCUCAGUGUGGACAUCCUGGAGAGGGAGACAGAUAUGGCCGUCAAGUGUGAGCCAGACCGCUGUGGCCUGGAGACUCUGCAGGAGCAGCAGGACCACCUGGAGAUUGACUAUGAAGUCAUCAGAGAGGAGGUAAAGGAGAUGGAGAGCCAGGCCUCUCGUUUGCAGGAGCUGUGCCCAGAGAGAGUGCACGUGCUGGCGGCCAAGGUCCAGGCAACCAUGCAGGCCUGGAUGGAGCUAGGAAAGAGCGUGCUGGAGAACAAAGCAAGACUGCAAGAGUUCGUUCAGCUCCAGGACUUCUUCAGGAGCUACCUUGCAAUGAUCUCAUGGACAGAGGAUACCCGGUCAUGUAUUUUCUCAGAUACCGCUUUACACCUUGGAAAAGAUGGACAGGAGCCACUGGCUGCAGAGCUGGACAUGCAGAUUGAGCAGAAGUUUGAGGAGUUUGAUGUGCUGGCUGCCACAGCAAGAAACCUUUUUGACAGAGAACACCACCUCACUGACAUGGUAAGAGAGCGUAUGGAGGAACUGAGGAGCAUGCUUGGGUGGAUUUUGGUGCACUGGAGGGCUCAGAAACAACAGUGGCUGCUCAAGAUGAGGAGAGAAGAGCCCUCACAAGAUAACAUCUACUCUGAGGCCACAGUGUGCUCUCCCCUCACAGAGAGUUCAGCUCCUGAGCUCGAGGUCUACGAGUCCCACCAGUCCCCAGCAGUCAGCAGCCCCUGUGAAGACAAAGCAAAGACUGCAGCAGACAGCCAAACCUCUGCCUUGCCACCCAGGCAGGCUGAGCAGCAGGAUGAGAAGCAAUCAGAGGAUGGAUACGAAGUCAUGAACAGCAUUGGAUCACAGCUGGGAGAGGCCAGCUCUUCAGAGUCCCCCAAAGCCCCCAUUUUGGUCCUCAAAGAUCCCAGCACCCCUGCGCUAGGGGGCACAGUCAACCUCAUCCUUAGCUUUGGUAACACAGGGGACAGUCAAGUUCAGGUGCUAGAACCCCCUGCUAAGAUGGAGGAGGUGGUGGAGGAGACCUCUGAACCUGUCCACAGGGUAAGUACCUAUUUGCAUGUCAAGGAUAACAACAUGGCUCUGACCCCUGUGUAUGAGAGUAUCACACUACCCCGCCAAAAGACCCGCUCUGCAGCCUCAGCCUCUUCCUCCUCUCUACUGCCAUCCUCCUCCUCCUCUUCGUCACCGUCCUCCUUAGUGCCUGCGCCACAGAUGACUAGCGUGUCUUUCCACCCUUUAACAAGGAGCGGCAGCAGCUCCAUUUUCAGCAGCCUCAAGAGAAUGGGCAAGAAGAGGAAGAGAAAAAGAGAUGCACGCAGACACACUAUCCAGAAAAUCAUGGGGGUGGAGGAGCAAACAGAUGGGGCGCCUCACUACGCCUGCGAGACAAUCACAUAUGACACUCAUACGUGGCCGCUGAAGGAGGGCCGGAGGAAGAAGAAUUCCCCAAAGAGUCAAGCCAGUGGAGAUGGAGUAGAACCCAUGGCCUAUAUAAAGAAUCCCCUGCUGAAGGACAUUGAUACAGAGUGUUCAGGAGAGUACAGCAUUACCCCAUAUGCAGUAUCAGAGGGGCCAUCCGCUUUGCCCUCCACAAGUCAGGUGAGAAGUCACUGCAGGUUCCUCUCUUUGGGUUCUGUGCUGAGCUUCGACCUGCCUAAGGACAUGAGUCUUAUCCCCAGCAUCCAAGACAUCAUCACUAUUUGCCCUCCAGAGUCCAAGAAGGGGGCAGGAACCCAUCCUGACCCACACUCCCAAAGACACACAGCCCUAAGCUCGUUCAAACAGACUCGAUCCCCUCCAGUUACAGCCAUCACCAGCAGCACUACAACCUGUCCUGAAACACAGGCUCCAACAGUUAUAGUGAAAGAUUUGCCUGAAAUGGAUAAGAGACUGCUAACACCUCCGCUUCCUUCCCUGGAUGAAGAUGAUGAUCAGACCGUACCAUGUAAUGACCUAUCUAAAACCCAGUACAGCUGCUCCGGGGUCGUCAGUCUUCAUGAAGAUACAGAACAAGAGUGGGACAAAAUGUCAGCAGUGCUCAACACCAGCAUAUCUCAUGUUGUGAUGGACGGGACCAUUCAGCCUUCGCAGAAGCCUGAAAACAAUCUGCUGAAUGGGACCCAAGCUCACAGUCCCACUACAGCCACACACAGGCACGAAUGCCCUAGCGUCCACACACUCAUUAAAGACCUAAAUGGACAUCAGUACCAUAGAAGACCCCAGAAUGUGUAUGAAGAAAGCCCUGGACCUCAGCUGACCCAAUGCCUGAGCCAGGCUUCUCACAUGGUGGUGAAUCUCAAGUCAACGAUGAGUGUAAGUGUUCGACAGGACUCAGUGGACUCUGGUGUCUCCAGCUUAGGCAGCUUCAAGCUAAGCACUGAUGCUCCAUGUCCAGACAACCCACAGCCCAAGGGAGUGGUAGGGAGGCUCAUGUCCCUGGAGGUGGGGGGUAUAGAUUAUGCAAAAACACAGAUGAACAGUCGGGCAUCUUCAGGUCCAUCUCCAGACUUGUCUCCAGACUCUGAAACAGAACCUGUCCAUCCAGACCACCAGCAGUUUGAAGAGGAAGAAGAGGAGCUGGAGGACAUCUGGAACCGCACCAAUGGCUACAGGCAGAGUAUCUGCUCUGACAUCAUGUAUCAGCUCCACCAGGAAGAAGCUGGUGUACCUUCACACCUGUCUAGAGAGCCCCCCUCCCCCUCCCCUUCACCUAAGGCCCAGGCUGUGCUCUACAGGAAGCUGAUCACAGCCUCGGCGCCCAACCUCCUCGUGGCUGAGUUCAAACUGCCAUCCUACAUCCAGAGCUUGCUGGGCUAUGACAAGGAGCAGAGUCCCAAAAACCAGCUCCCUCCUCUGGCCAAAGGAGACAGGAGGUCCUGGGCAGCCUUUCCCAACAGUGAACAAACCUGUAAGCCGUCACUGGUAGUGAAUGAGACAGCAUCUGAUCCAGUGAGGCUACCGGACAUAGAAGAUAAUAAAAGAUACAUUUAUCAAUACAGAGAGGAUGAGGAGGAGGAGGAGGAGGAGGCAAAGGUGGGGGAGGAGGUGGAAGAGCACACAGGUAGUUCGAAGGAUCAAUCUAUGAGUUUACUGUCAGUUCAUAUGGAUCUAGAUGGGCUCUGUCAGCAGAGAAUAGCCUCUCAAAGCCUGGAAGACAUAGCAAAGCAUGAACAACUCAUGGCCACAGGAGGGCGAUGUAAUACUGUGAGUGGAAAGCCUGAGCUUCAAUCUAUGGAGGGAACCCUUGAGAGGAAGCAUAAGCUGCAGCUGGGAGGGAAGAAAGCAGCCUCCAGAGCCUGGAACUCCUACCACGCCGUCCUAUAUAGAAACACCUUAUGCUUCUAUCAGGAUAGAAAGGAUACACUGCGGAGUUCUGUGUGUGGCCUGCCUCUGAACCUCAUUGGAGCUGAGUGCUCACCUGCACCAGAAUACACCAAAAAACCCAACUGCUUCCGCCUGCGGUUGCGUGAUGGGUCUGAAUAUCUGCUCAAUGCCUCGUCACGCUUCAUGAUGAAGAAAUGGAUGCUAAAAAUACAAGCAAACACUGGUCAACAGAGUGAGCCCGUGUCCUCGGUAUCAAGUGACCCUGUCAAUCGAGACCUCCCUCUUUCCUCAAACCCCUCUGUCUGCUCCGCUUGUCACGGUCGGACCAAAUGCCACUGUUCCUCCCGACAUGAUGUCACUUCCACCUUCCCCAGGCGCAAACCCACAGGCGCCGCCCAAGCCAAAGAGAUUGUUGUCCUCACCAGGGAGUUCAGUCACAUGCCACAGAGCCAUUUAAAGAGCUUGGAUCAGCAGCCUCCCAUCUCAUCCUCAUACGCAGGUUGCUGUGAUGAUGAUUUUGGUAGUUUGAGACAGACAGUGACUCAGAGGCUGUCUGGAGGAUCCAGAAACAACACGUCUUUGUCCCCUCACUCCCCUGUCUCCAGUGGUCAGGACUGGCUGAGCAACAAACGUCGCUCUCACUCCUUCACAUCAGCAACGUAUCAGAAGAUCAAACCGACGAUGCAGCCUCCUGGAAGUGGAGGCCGGGAAGGCGGCUCAAACUACUCUGUGACUCUGGUGAUAGGGGACAAGUCAUCGGAAAGCCCGUCCAUAAGCAGAAGCACUGAGCCUUCCCUGCUGGGCGUGGCUGGGUGGCAGCAGGAUGCCUACCAGGACUCUGCUCUGAGGAGCUACGCCAGCCUGCCACGGCCACGCAACAAGUCUGUCUUCAAGAAAUUCUUUGGGAAAAAGGACGGACACCUCUGAGGUCUGGAUGAGCUCUGAAGGUUUCCCAAAGAAACGUUUUACAAAUAUCUUUUUUUUAAUGUGCAGUGCACAUGAUUGUUGAAGAGUAAAAAAUAGCUACUGCAGAUGAUAUUUAUGUUUGGAAGAGUUGCCACAAUUCUAUUUUUGAUGUGCUGUAAGAAGUGAAAAGACACUCUGUUAUUGGUUGCUUUUAUUAUUGAGACAGCUGUUACUCAAAGUUCACAUCUUUCUUUUUUAUUUCUCUUGUGUGUGACAGGAACAAUAUUGUGUGUGCGCACUGUGUAGUUGUAGGUGUGAUGCAUUGAAAGGCACAUUGUCCCACCAACCUCAUGUUCUUAUCUGUAUUUGUCUGUUGUGUUUUUGGAUUGUUGUGUUUUGGGGUAAACUACCAUGUAUAUACAUUACACCUACAUGCUCUGUGGGGAGGCCUUGCCAGAUUUAAAGACUGAUAACAUCACAACAUCACCACAAGUUAGUUAUUAACCACAUGAACUCAUACCACUUACUGUACAAUGUUAUUACAGCUCCCUUUGCCUCUGAUUUACAGUGUGUCAGACAGACCAGACACGGUGCACCAAAAGAUAUUCUGCCUACCUACACCACACCAUAAUCAGCAGUUUGAUACUGCUUGUGCUUGAUUGAUAUUACCAUUUUAAUUACUAAUUUUAGACAGGGAUAUUCAUAAUAAAACAUCAAUAUCCAGUGAUUUGCUUUG